GUCAGCUGUUUCUCAGUGUUGUCAACUAUAUGGUACUCAUUAUCCGACGUCUCGUCUGAUGUCUUCGAGUCGACGGCUUCGUAGUUAAUGUUCAUAGUUUUGUUACAAAAUUUUCAAAAGUGGUUAAACUUAAUAUCAGGCGUUUCUUUUCUGUUUUCGUAAAGAAAUGUUUUGGUUUAGUUUAGAAACAGUGUGAGACAACCUUCCUCCGGUUGGCGCUAACCGCCAGUUAAUUUAGAAACCUCGAACAAACGUUAAAAGGGCCCUAUGGCCUAAUUUGCUUAUUGAGGGUGAACUUCUUUAAACUCAGGCCUAGUCCUAACAAUUUGAUAAAAUAGUAAUUGUUUAAAAUAAUUAAAACAGUGAAUAUGGAUUGUCAUUUAGAUGAAGAACAUCUUCAAAUCUUCAGCAAAAAUUUUCAAGAUAAUCUCCAGGUAGCUAUAAGCAUGCAUGUAGACUCUUUCGUGUCAAGCAUGGUUGAAUACAGUCGCUCCUGCUCAAGAGAGAUCUUAACUGAAAAGGGAGCUGAGUUAGUACGUUCUAAUGCAGAUCUAAUAGAAGCAAGAACUAGUCUGGAGAAUGCAGUUGGCCAGUCAGCCCUGAUUUGUAUAAUGCAAAGCGCACUCAAACUGUCUACAGCGAUUGUUACUGCCAAUCAUAUGGAAAAUGGAAUGUCUCUCAAGUAAAUGACAGAAUAAGAUA